AAGCGGCGGGGGAGGCUCGGAGACCCUUCGCGGGGGCCGGACGCGCGUAUGGGCCGCCCCUUCCCGGCUUCCUUGCGGCUCGGAACCCAGCCAUGGGUGGGGAACGAGGGGCUAGGAAACGAAGUCCUGAGGAAGCCCUCCGGCUUUCUUUCGCGUUGGCGGGCGGAUUUCCCCUCACGCGAGCGGUCCCUUCACCGAGAGAUUCUCCUUCCCGAGGCUUUUUUUCUCUCUCGCCCGGGAAAAGAACGUGUCCCUGCCCCCCCUUCCCGAGCUGCCCACGCGGCUCCACCCAGUAUUUUCUAGAAUUCAUUUUGUACUAUGGCUGAUGAAGUUGACUUCACCACUGGAGAUGCUGGUGCUUCUGCCACUUACCCAAUGCAGUGUUCUGCACUCCGUAAGAAUGGCUUUGUGGUGCUGAAGGGACGUCCCUGCAAGAUUGUGGAAAUGUCAACUUCCAAAACUGGCAAACAUGGUCAUGCCAAGGUUCAUUUAGUUGGUAUUGAUGUGUUCACUGGCAAAAAGUAUGAAGAUAUAUGUCCUUCUACUCACAAUAUGGAUGUUCCAAAUAUCAAGAGGAAUGAUUACCAGCUAAUCUGUAUACAGGAUGGCUACCUUUCUUUGCUGACAGAAAGUGGAGAAGUUCGAGAAGAUCUAAAAGUCCCGGAAGGUGAAUUAGGCAAAGAAAUAGAGGGAAAAUACAAUGCAGGAGAAGAUUUCCAGGUGUCAGUCAUGUCUGCAAUGAGUGAAGAAUGUGCUGUAGCCAUAAAACCUUGUAAAUAGGACCACCUGGAUCAAACAGUUGCUAAAGUACCAGCAACUGAAAAUCUUGUAUUUUAGUUCUGAUUAUCACCAAAGCUAUAACCUUCACUAGCAACCUCGUGUCUUUGUUUGAAAAUAGUGCUGACUGAUGUUGCAAGCAGUUUGGCAAUAUUAAGAUUGCUGAAGUUCAAGUGCUUACAGGAAUGGCAAGGCAGUCAAAAACUGUCAUUUUAGAUCAUGAGGUAUUCAAAAGUAGUAUGCUUUGCUCAAAUGAGACUCUAUAGCAGUGCCAAUACCAAGGUAGUACUCAGUUUGAGUUUACGUACAUUCUAAAGAAACAAAAGUAACUUUGUUUUAAAAUCUUAAACAUGGUAAAAUGUGGCUUGCACUGAACUGUGAAGCCUAAUUGAGCUAGAGACAACGGAACUCAUGUGAUCAAAAUGCCAGUGCUGGUUGGCUGUAUACAGCAAACUGUAACUUUGCUGUCUUGCUCUUAAUUGGUCACAAUUUGCUGUAAACAUCCAGAAUUGCUGGGUGCUUUCAUACUCUGGUUAAUAGUGCACAAAUGUUGGAGCAGGGUAGAGAGGAGGAGAUUCACUAGAGGCCUUUGUUUUCAAUGUAGAGUUCAACCACUUCCAGUUUUAAACAAGGCAAUGCCUCAAGAGUUAACAGUAUUUGAUUUGGCUUUUAACUUUUUUUUUUAGGUUUAUGGCAGAAGUAAACUUUUUUUUUUUAGGAAUUGAAGCAAACCUGUACUGAUCAAUGGCCGGAAGGCUAAAUUUCAACCCUGUGUCACUGAACAGAAUUUGAGCCAUGGAUUGUCUUGUAGAGUUUAUAAAGAACUAUGAUAGCGCAACUCUGUCAAACACAUGAACCUCUGGACUAUAAUAAAACUGUUCUGAUUCAAAACCUACUUGAGAAGAAUUGGUUACACUGCGUAGGCAAAUGCCUAACUACUAAUCAACCUAUUAUCCAUGUGAUCUUUGCUUGCCAAGGUCAUGUUUCAGCUUGAUUAGCAUUUGGGGAGAACCUAAUCACUUAAAUUUGCCUUAUACUUUGGUAGCAAAUGACUAACUUGAACUAGUGACUAGAUUCUUAAAACAUGCUUAGUUCAUUGGCAGUUUUUUGGGGUGGGUGGGUGGGGUGAAAUAGUAAAUAGGGUUUUGAGCUUAAGUUAAUAGAAUUGCCCUUAAGCAGUAAAGCUAGAAGAGAGGGAAAAAAGAAACUGCAUCUGGAUCUUUAUAAGCUCUAGAUUUAACUAAGCAAGUAUCUAUGCAGAACAGGGGCACAAUACAACUUAAUUUGGCAAUAAACACUCUUGGAAAUAGCACAGUCUUGUUAUAAUGGUAAAUAACUACAUGUUUCAAGAUCUAGGGCUACUAGGAAACUGAAGGAUUCUAGCUUAUUGUUAAAAGUUUAAAUCAUGUGAGUGUUCCUUAAAUACUGUAUUGUCAAUAUCCAUACCAGGAAUGGAAGUCACAGUUUGAAAUGUGGACUCCCAUUUGCUAGUAUCAUUUGUGAUGAUUAUUUGUCCAACAGUUAUCUAUUGUGCCUGAGCAGCUGAGAAUACUGAGGUCAUAAUAUUUAAGGAGUCCUGCUAGUAUCUCCCUAGUGCUGUCAUCUUUUAGGAAUUUAUUACCAGAAGUACCCACUCCUGAAAGUGGUACUUAGACUUCAGAUUAAUUCCUAGCAGUCUGAAUCCACAAGUCAGGAAAAAAUACAAUGUCUAUUAGGUAGAUCUUAUGUAGGACACCACUAAAACUACAGUAUUUCCAACAAGCUAAUAGCAAAGCCAUUUUUCUUGUAGAGGUUAAUUGUCUACAAACCCACUAAGUUUACAAUAAACUUUGCUAUUGAAACAAUGCUAUAUAUAUUUCAGGUUCUUUGAGCUGUUUCAGGGCCAUCAUGUUCCUACAAAUCCAUGUUUAGAUUGUUUAUUUUUAGCUGAAACCAAUCACAUUUAAUUUUCAAGAGCAGGGUCAAAAUCUUACAAGCUGAGGGCCAAAAUGAAGUCUGAAAUAGUCCCGUUGUCAGUUUGUUAUGAUCUAAGCUAUUUGCUUGGGGUCCAUUAUCUUUUGUUCAUCAGACUGCAGAUUUUUUUUUCCUUAGAUGCUAGGGAUUAUUUUGUUAAAACCCCAAUUUACCUCUUGAUGUCUUUGUUGUCUUGCAUCUGUGUGCAACGAAACCACUGCUAGUUGAGCCAUGACUUGAGUAUAUUCUUCUCAGGGCUGCUCUUGUGAAGAUGUGAAAGAGCUUAAGUUGAUUAUUUUAACAAAGCUGCUUAAAAGUUGUAACAGGGUUUUGUAUUGCAUAAAUUUAUAGCAUGCCUAGGACACAAGUAAAAUCUAGUAUAUUGAAUUAGUCUAAAGGAGUCAAACAUUGUGAUCCAUCUACCCUUAGGUUAGGUGACAUGUUUGACAACAGUAAGCUUUAAAUGUUGGAAUGCUGACUAUGUCUGGGAAUUUUCAUGGAAUAAGCUGUGUUAAAUUUUUGUGCGUGUGUAAAGAGCAAGAUUCUUGUCUGUUGCUAUCAAAAAUUUUCACAGUGUAAUUAGAGACAUUGAUCUUUGUGGUGUUUAGAUUGUGGUACUGUACUUGUAGAAUUCUGGGCUUUCACAUUCAGUGACUGUUACAUUAAAAAGUCAUUGUUUUAAAUUAAAUGGGGGGAAAUGGUUUUGUAUUUGCCACAAUAGGAAGCUCCCAUAAGUAUGCAAUUAUCCCUACUGGCAAGUAAUGUAUGCAAAGUUCAUUAUAUAAGAGUGCCCUUGACUUUAAAAGCAAAACUUGAAAGGUUUGUACUUUUUCUGCAUUCCUGUAAUAGUGAAGUGUUCAUAUGUUUAAGAGUUCUUGGCUUUUAAUUUGUUUUAACAAAAUGUUUGAAUUAUUAUUUGAGUCACAGUAACAAAAAAUAAAGUUUAAACUUAAA